AUGCGUUCGUGGCACCGUUUCCUGCUCGGAGGCGAUGGCGUGGUAGGGACGUGCGCGCCAUUCGGCGGCCCGGAUGCGACUGCCGCGCGUUCCAUUCAACAGGCGAAAAGGAUGUGGGCGGGGCGCGCGGGAAGCGGCGCCAUUGGGCGAGCGGCCGUCGCGCCGCAAUGGCCGCCGCCGCAUUCGGCCAAUGAGCGGCGCGCGGACCGAACGCGUCCGGCCACCGGCGUCCGCGGCGUUGCCAGCUCGACACGAGAAAAUACCAGAUUCGACCUUCUUGGGACCCCCGGGUGCUUUUUUUUAUGUUUGGGCCCGCGUUAUCACUCGGCGUGCGUCGGGUUCCUUAUCCGUUGGGAUGUUGGACGCGGCGACUUGGUGGACCGUUUGUGCAGUGAUCUAGUG